CCUACACAGAAGUUCACCGGCCGCAACCACACAGGCGGUUCAGAUACAUGAUGCAUGCAUUGACACAUCUUUAAACCACUGCAAUACUCAACGCAACAUGCGUACAGCCAGCAUUUCUUGUUUCUAUCUUGUGGUUUGUGGCAAAACUUUCUAACCAUUUUAAAGGACAAUGAUAUUUCGACGAAGACAGUCUCAUGUGAUGAAAGUUUAUACAUCAGAAGACAGACCGCCUUUAAUUGAUGUUACUUCUUUGUUCAGCUGAAAUCUGCACAUCACAAGCUGCAGUACCAAGACUUGGCACCCUUAAAGAAGUAUGACAAGGCCUUUACCACUCACUCUUCUUAUAUUAUUCAUGAUCAUCAGCUUAAUCUAUGGUUGGUUGUUUAUGCUCAAUGAGCCAAAUCACCACGUCAGCGAUGAGUCCCUGAAAAGCAACAUUACAAUAUUGUUGUGGCACUGGCCGUUUGGCGUCUCAUACAGCCUGGCAGGAGAUGUAUGUCUAAAAGACUACAGUAUCGCAGGAUGCCGUUUAGUUGACAAUCGAUCACUGAUGAAGAGCGCCAACCUGGUGGUCUUUCAUCACGCUGAGCUGAAGUAUCGAAGAGUGCGCCUGCCUGUGGAUCUCCCUCGGCCAGCCUCUCAGAGGUGGGUGUGGCUCUCCUUGGAAGCGCCGGCUAGUAACGGUAACUUGGCAGCAUACAAAAACCUCUUCAACCUCAAGAUGUCAUAUCACCCACAAGCUGACAUCACUGUGCCCUAUGGGAAGUUGAUAGUCAAGGAGAGACCAAGUCAAGACUUUGUUAUCCCAAAGAACAAGAGUCAUGAAGUUUGUUGGGUGGUGAGCAACUACCAGAAAUGGCAAAGCAGGAGCGCCGUGUACCAAAAGCUGAGGAAAAACAUUAACGUGCAGGUGUACGGACAUUUCACCAAACGGCCCCUACGGAAUGCUGAUUUGCUGCCAACGAUUUCCCAGUGUUAUUUUUAUCUGGCCUUUGAAAAUACAGAGUCUCGUCACUACAUAACAGAGAAACUCUGGAGAAAUGCCUUCCUGGCUGGGGCCGUGCCUGUGGUGCUGGGGCCGCCACGAGGAGAUUAUGAGGAAGUCGCACCUCCAAAAUCCUUUAUUCAUGUAAAUGACUUUAAUUCUACGGAGGACCUGGCUAAGUAUCUCAGAAGCCUGACUAAAGAUCCAGAAAAGUAUAACGCACACUUCGCCUGGCGACAAAACUACACGGUCAAGCUGUACACAGAUUGGAGAGAAAGACUUUGCAAUAUCUGUCCCUUAUAUGAACGAUUUCCAACUAAAAAGAUUUACAAGGAUUUAGGAACUUGGACGAAGUGGUAGAAUAACAUUUUACAUUAGUCAUUUGAAAUUUUUGAGCACUUUAAACAAUUGUGGUAAUUGUGAAGAAGCAGAAUGCUACACUCAUACUAGUGUGAUAUUUGAACGAGACACUCCGAAAUCCAUUCAGCUGAUCUCCGGGUCUGGCGCUAUCACUUUUAGCAUAGCUUAGUACAAUCCAUUGAAUCUGAUUGGACCAUUAGCAUUGUGCUAAAAAUAACCAAAGAGUUUGGAUAUUUUUCCUAUUUAAAACUUGACCCUUCUGUAGUUACAUUGUGUACUAAGACUGAUGGAAAAUUAAAAGUUGCGAUUUUUUAUAUAAGAAAAAUAUUGAAACUCUUUGGUUAUUUUUUGGCGC